UAUUUUUUGCAAGCAGUUUUCAGCAAAAUGGAAAAGGUUUUGUUAAAAAUUUACACUUUUCCUAAAUUGCAAUUCAAAACAAAAACGACUGAUUUGUUUAAUUUUCAACUAGGGUAACGGCUCCCUAUGUAAUCUCUUUGGUAAGGACGUUACGUCAAAAACCUGAUUUAGCCGCUAAAAUCACAUUAAUUACUUUAUAUUUAAGUUUAAUUCUGAUUCACAUUUAUUGAAAAUUUAGCUAACAUUCAAAAAGCAGCUAAAAACACUUCUCUGUUCCUAAUUUCAUCUCCAUUAAUUUUUAUUUAUCCCCUCGUAGGUGCUAUAUUCAUUAGCGAUUGCGAUAGGCAUCGAAACAUAAUAUUAAACUAUUGCACUCUCAGGUUCAAAACAUCACAAUUCUUCUUAAAAGGGCCUAGUUCUGGCUGUGAGACAACGCACGAUAUUUUUGGAACCAUCUUGGAAUCAAUUCGAUUUUUGAAAAUGAUUGGAUCUUUUCGUUUUUUUUCCUUUUACAUUUAAAACCGGGGGCGGCCCGUUUGGCAUAACGUCAUUGUUUGGAAUGGUUUUUUGGCAUAACAGUUAUUUUGCAUAAUGGUCUUUUGGCAUAAUGGCCAUUUGUCAUAAUGCCAUUUGUCAUAAUAAUAAUUGGAUUUGCAAUAUUUUAAUCUAAUGUUAAUUUUCGUUUGUAUUUUGAUCGAGUGAUGUUGUGCAAGGAAAACUCGAACGAAAUAUGUUAAUAUUAUAUUCGGUCCAAAUAUUUCGAUAAUAUUAGGUGAAAUGGCAUUAUUAUUUUUUAUUUUUAAAUUUCUGUAGUAAAUAGCACACUAUCAUUUUAUAUAAGCAACUCACUUAGUGCUAGCACAAUAUUUUGUUCGUCAUAGAUGAUUCAGGUCGAGACGGCCGAAGGCGGCGAGUACGCCUGCAACCCGCAUAUUAUGCCAAAAGACCAUUCUGCCAAAUUACAAUUAUGCCAAAUAACCACUAUGCCAAACGGCAUUAUGCCAAACGACUUUAUUCCAAAUGUAGUAGCCCCUUCAAACCCUUACUGUAAGGUUAUGCUGCAUUGACCCUUUUAAAAAUGUGUAUCAGAGGCACAGACGAUGAAACACACGCACACACUUAACAAAAAUACUUGUUGAUGGUAAUUUAGAGAAGAAGAGAACUAUUUUUUUCAUAUCAUUAUUAGCGAACUAGGCAUCCUUGCAAUACGAAAUGAGAUGAAAACAAAGAACAAAGAAGUGAAUUAAGUGAAAAAUUUUCAUUUCAUAUUAUCGAAGAUUUUCAUUGCUUAGCGGGUAAUUUUAAAAGUUUUCAAUCGUUGAUUGAACGUGGUAAUUAUGUGAAAUAGUGAUAUUGUUUCGCGACGAAUCAAUUAGUAAAUAUUCAGAAACAUGACGAGCUGUAAAACUUGAGACGAAAAUGUUUCCCAAAUUGGAAAAAUAAUUAUUUUUAAUGAAAGGCAUCUUAUCUAUCAAACCAUUAUCUAACUGUUGGAGGUUUAUCGAUGUAUAUAAUUUGAAAAUUACGUUUGGUAAUACAACUUUUUACAAUUUUUCUGUGAUAAAGAAUUCACUCUAAAAGUAUGGAAUAUUCUAAAAUGAUCAUGAAAUUCAUUCCAAGCCGAAAACUUUUGAAACUCCCAAAAAAGCAUUGAACUAAUAUUAGCAAUGUUUUUGCAAUUAUGCAAAGUUGAUUUAUUCAAUCUCCUCACCACAUUUUGUACUAUCCCGUGCACACUUGCGACAUCUUUCUAACACAAAUCGUUUUUGAACAUUUUCUCUUUUUUCCUGAGCUUACCUUUCAUAACUUUUGCCCGAGUUGGCGGUUCAAUGCAUACGGCGCUGGUCUUACAAGCCAGCUGCCAUAUGUUCGGGCCCCGACCUGGAAGGAUUCAUCGGAAUCAGUAGGAUCGUAGUACUAGCCAUGCAAUGAUUCUGUACGCUAAGUAUCGGUUGCGAAGUCUGUUGAAACAGAAAGGCCAAAUUUCAUAAAAGGAAUGUAAUGUCAAGACUUUGCUUUGACCUUUCAUAACUGCCCAGAAUUUUUCAACUGGGCGAAUGGUGUAUGAAUGUAAAAAGUUAUGUUCUUUCAACAAUUAUUACUGUAAGCAGUUUAAAUCAUCUUGAUUAUGAAUUAUGAAAUUGUUUUGACUUCAAAAAUACUGCCAUCUUUCUAAUGCAUAUGCCAUAUUCGAACGAUAAUGUUGCCAAAAAUAAACUGUGCUAAAAUCAAAACGAGACAAAAUGUCAUGAAAAAGGAUGUUUAAGUACUUAGAAAGAAUUGCAUACAACAGUAUUAAAGAUCGUAUUUCACUUUGCUCCCAAACAUCGCUUAAGCCCAAAACUCCUGCUACUGGAAUAAGAGGAAAGGUCGUUUACACAAAAACAACAAUAUAUCCGUAAAAAAUAGUCGGACUCUGCCAGUGUGUGGCUUUUUGAAUAGCUAUUACCGUGUGGAAUUUACGCCUCAAAACAGUUUUUGUUUACAAGGUCAAACAUUUUGACAUAAAACGAGGAGACCUUCCUUUUGCGAUUAGUUUUAUCAAAAUUUUCCCAGUCAUCUCUGAGAUCUCGACCUUUUUGUUAACACCACACACGGACGUUCUCUCAAUUCGAUGAGCUGAAUCGAUUGGUGUUGAAAUUCAGUACCGGAAGUUUUUUUUUAAUUUAGAGCGAAUUUUAUACCUAUUGUUUAUAUUUAUAAAAAAGGUUAAAACGUAAAGGAGUCAUUUUCUUAAAUCGUGUUCGAAUACUAUGUCAUACUAUUCCACUUUCAGUCAGAACAGUGUCAUAGAAAAAUGAUAAUUCUUUUCACGUGCAACCAAUGAAUCGUAUAGCACUGCUCAUAAUCAUCCGAAUACGGAUUUUUUUGUCCAGGAAGCUCGCUUUUUGUUAGCAUUAACCGGGAGAAAACAGUUGCUCGUUCAUUUCCCGUCCUUUUCUUUUAUGUGAUUACCUCGUCUAAUUUGAUAGUAUUUGCUUUUCGUCUUAUUUUUCAUUGAGGCAAAUAAACUCUGACUCGCAGUAUAAAUUCUUGGUUUUGUGGUUUCCUUUGCUCUAAGGGGUACGUUCGAUGAUUGAUACCACUAUUGAAUUUCAGCAAACCUCAAAUUAGUUUACUCACUCCACAAUGAAACAACAAACGAAUGAAAUCAGUAUUCAAUCAUAUUCAGCAGCAUCUAAUACGGAAAUCCGCCCUCCAAGCACAAUUUUCCAGUGGAAACUUGACGUGCCCAAACGAUCAACUAUUAUAUUAAAUUAUAAGUCAUCCUUGACAUGCUACCAGCUGUGCUCGGCCAAGCAUAUCGCUUUCCAUUGAAAAGUAACCUUGGGCGGAAAAAGAAAGUUUCUUCACUUGAGUUUCUUCUUUUUCCACCCCAUCGCUGAAGACUGCUUCCGCCGUGCUAUCGAUGACGAUGAUGACGAAGACGAGGACGACGACAACGACAACUAGUCCCCAAUUCGUUACUUGUUUUGUCACAGUUUUCCACGUGCUUCUAUAGUCCAAUAGACCUUGGCUAGGCUGAGCAAGAUCUUUUAGAUAUCGGAUUUCCUAGCAGCGGAUGAAGAGAGCUGCUCUGGGACAGCGACGAAGUCGACCCGCAAGCAAAGUGAUUAGAUUGCUAGAACGAAUAGGAAGGAUUAAGGUACGCCAAUAAAGUGUGAUGUAUGUGUAUAUUUCAGUGUGAAAGAAAAACAACACGUCCUGCCUAUGAAGGAUUUGCGUCCGAUGGAAAGUGAAUGAAGUGAAAAUCGAUAGCUCGGCAUUUCUCUUUUUUGGACCUGUUCCACAAAUUUUGCCUACCGCUACGUUUUAUGUAACCGUUCGAACGUCAAACUAAACUUGGAUGGAAUUUUACGGAAUUCAAUACACCUGCCCGGUUGGAUCGAAUGAAAAAACAACAUCAGAUGGAGAAGCGGAAUAGGCGUAGGAAGUGACUGUUUCUGUUCCAGUGUAGUUUGAUUCUGUACUGAUAUUGUUAAUGCAUUAAGCCAGCAAAGUAAAAGCCGGAAACCGAUCGACGAGAAAGCAGACGUCAUCGUGUAUCAGCAUUUGUUCCAUUUGUUCCAGGGAGCAGAACCGAAGGCUCGGUUCUGUGAGGAAUUGUAAAGCGCGCCUUUAAGAGGCGGUAAUUCUAUUGUAUUAUGUAUGUGUAUGUGUAUGUGUUUUGGGCGCGAUGAGGUGGCCUUCAUCCGAAAAUGUUGCGCUUGAAGUGAGUGACAGUAAUUGGGAUGGAUACUGGAAAGUUGUUCGCUCCUGUUUAGUGAAGAUAAUGAACCGGUAUUCGUGUACAUAUUAAAUCCAAUGAUAAAGUGUUUACAUUCUAAAUCAAAAAUUUGUAAUCUUUUUGCUCUCACUGAAGAAAGAGAUAAAUACCAAGUAGCAAACGAAAUAGCUUAGUAAAUUACUAGUGAUGGUAAAUGUUUUAAACGUUCCCUUAGCAAUCUUUUCCAAUUAAAAACACAUUUCGCUUAGUCAUAUACGGGUGCCGAGCAAAGGCGCCUCAAAACUCGCUCAUUAAUUAGGCCCAACAUAACAGGUAAUAUACUACGUACAGCAUACUAAUCGGUGUAAUCCUGUUCGGAGUCAAGCUGCAAUCAAAUCACGAGAGUGAGUGCAAAUAGCGUGAAAAGUGGCGGUAGACCGUAGUUGUUUCGGUAACUGGCUGGCGUUAUUGGCAUCAGAGCAAUACAGAGUGAUGUUUUUGUGUUGAUUGCAGCAAAUUGAGACCUUUGGGGAAUUUCGCCAUCCUUUUGCAAUCUAAAUUUAGAGGAGUGAAAAAGCUCAUCGCAAACAACGUUAUCAUAUAACGUGCAAAUUGUGAUAAAACCGACACCGAAUAUAAUAAGAUUUUAGGAAACGAUUUCGAACACGCAUCGACCAAACAAAAAUCAACAAGAGGGCAACACAUCAGCUUCGUCAUCAUCAAAAUCCAACCACGGAACAACUCAUGAUUUAGUGCAGUCUACAUGAGCCUAUAAACGGCCAACCGAUAAUUGCUAAUAAAUCAGGUGACGUUGUUGGAAAAGAGCUAUUUUGUUUGUGCAAAAACGUAAAUAAAACGAACUCCAUUGUAAAUGUAUAUAAUGGAUGAACACGUUCAACGAAAUGAAAAUACGAAACAUCGAAAACUCGUACGAAGUUAUGACCAACUGUCACAUGCAUGCGAUACUGCAGAGUCACACUCGAUAUCCCCAUCGAUGACCAUGGUGUUUACUUCGACAGCUGGUUUGACAGCCAACAUCACCGCCACCAACAAUACCUCAGCAUUAUCCAUAAUCCAAUCACCCAAAUCACCUUCCCCGAAUCUAGUAUCACCGAUGACGAGCAGCCAAAGCUUCGAACAGUCUAUGGCAAUUACACCUACGAAAUACCAAAUGUACCAUCAGUCAAAUCGGAUGUCAAAUUCAACCCAGCAAUUCAUCCAACGCCAACAAAGUGCAUCUCAAGCCUAUCUGACAUCACCAACGCACCAGCACACUUCAUUAGUUCGGAAGGCUAGUCUCACGAAUACUGCUCACAGUGAAACUCCAAAUGACACGCGAGCUUCUAAACCCUCUAGCUAUUAUCAUCACUCAUUACAACAGUCGAAACCUAUGGACCAACGAAGCAAUAAUCCUUUUAUACUAAAUUUUAACAACAUAUCCGGAUGUUGUCUGAAAAAUUCACCACUAUCUUCCAACUCGCCGUGUACUUCAUCACCCACAGCCGGAAUCCAAACGCCAGUUUCAACGGUUUCUCUUACACAUCCAACACCAUCUCCGUCGGUCCCAGCCCGGCGAAGUCGCUCGUUACUGCUUAAAUCUUCUUCACCCCAAACGCAAUCUCCUGUGGGGCAACUAUCGACACCACAGGCCUCCACUCCUGGGCCUCCGGUACCGCCACGACUCAGUAAAUCUCCAACGGGGAGCUCUACGGCGAAUCCCUCCACUCCUGUACUAACUCCGCCGACAAUUACGAGUACUAGCUGUUACGUCACGCCGGCAUCAUCGCUUGGCAGCGAAAAAACUCCGAGUCCCGCUGUAGCACUGCUUGAUGACACUCCGUUGAGCGAAGGCCCAUCCAGUGCGACCAGCGUACAGAAGAAGCGUGAUGAUUUUCUGAGGGCUACAAUGAAGAUUUGCCUGGUGGUCUCUCCGCCUUCCAGCAAACUGCAGUUAAAAUCAAGAAGCCUAACCCAUUUGGACAAACUAGAACCACACGCAACGCAAACGAACAUUCCGAGUGUUUACAACCAAUUGGAGUACUUUAGAAGUGAUGCUUCGGAUACAUCAAAUACGUCAAUAACGUCCGCAACCGGGUCGGCAGGUCAUGGUAGUCGAUCUUUUUGCGGGCUCGGCGGAGGAGGUGGCAGCACAGAAGGCCCAAGCCCUGGCGAAACAUUUUUAUCUCCAUCUGGAAAAGAAUGCUCGCUGCCAGUUGCUUCGACCUCCGGCAGUGCACUUAUUGGACUGAGUGACAGCGAGGGUGGUUGCAUCAAUCCCGCUUACGACAGUGGGGAUGGAAAUUAUCCCCCUGGGUCCGACAAUCUCCCGGAUAGCACAUGCGAAGGAUCGGAAGCAGCUUGUAGCGAGAGCAUUUCCAGCAAUAACGGUAACGAACAUUCCAAUCGAACUUGUUGCCUGUCCUCUCCGUCGUGCCCGAAAAGUAAGUCCUUGUCGACGUCCACAUCGCUCAAGAAAAAAUCAUCGUCGUUUUUGCACCGGGAGCGCAGAAAACCGGUACUGACACGAAGUCAAAUUUCCAGCUCAGAAUACUUUUCGGUGUACUUCGAAACCGGUGACAAUCAUGGGUUUCAGGAUGAGAUCUUGAUACCGGCCACAAAAGGAGUCUGCUUAGCAGACGCUCUACAUUCCUCCCUGUCGCAGAGAAGCCUUAACUUUUCCCAGAUCUGCAUCAUAGACAACGGAUUUAUUAAUUCUCAUGAUUUGGGUAUUCAAUAUAUGGGGCCAUUGGAUGCCUACACCGACAUUUCGAGCCUAGCGGGAAGAACUCUCAUUGUUUCCGAUAAGGAUAGCAUAGUUCGUCGUCCAGGCAGUCACGUCACACUUCAAAAGGCAGCUUCCGUGGGGUAUCGGUCGACGUCAAACCGUCUGUUCACUUCCUCUUCUACCGAUGAAACCUACGAUCAGAGUCCGAAAGCACCAUCUGCCUCAUCCAGCAAACAAUCGAAGCAAAAAUGGACAAUAUCGUUCGGAUCGAAGGGACCACAAAAAUCAAAACUCUGCGAAUUGUUAGACAGCUACAACAAGGGUAUUCCGAAACUGACGUCUUCCGCCAGCAAUUUUGAUAAACCCGAAUAUUUAGAAGCGUUAGAAGGCCUUAAAAACUUACCUCAGUCGUGGACAGACAUCGUAAACUAUAACGGAAUGAGCGAAACGGAAAAGAAAAUCCAAUCUGCUAUAUGGGAGCUGGUAACUACGGAAGUGUACUACAUCCUCGCCCUGCAAACCGUAACAGAUCUGUUUCUAGCAUGUCUGGAAGAUAUUCAGUCCCAUAAUAUUCUCAAUGAUGUAGAUCAAAACAAAUUGUUCUCCAACAUAAGAGAUAUAUGCGAGUCUAAUCUCAAAUUCUGGACACUUUUUCUAUAUCCAAUGGUUAAAGAAAGUACGGAUACCAAGCAGCAAAUGAAUGUUCACAAGUUCAAGGAUGGCUUCAUCAAGUUUUCGACUAUUUUCCACCCAUACACCAAGUAUUGCGCGGAGCAGAGCACCUGUCAGUACUACUGCAAGGAACUGUAUCAGAAUAAUUCCUUAUUUAUGUCCUACUGUGCCUGGUGUGAGUCGCAGAAAAUGUGCAAUCGACUUCGGCUGGCUGAUAUUCUGGUGCGGCCCAUGCAACGACUAACGAAGUACGGAUUGUUGUUGGUUGCUAUCAAGAAACACAUUGUAGAUGAAAACGCAGUCGAAGCAAUUGAUGAGAUGAUACAUUCCGUCGAAGAGUUCGUUGCUGGGGUAAAUACUCAUCUGACUACCCGACAGGAGAAUGAAAGACUGAAAGGCAUCAACGCCCGAAUAGACUCGUACGAAGUCGUCGAUUGCAACAGCGAGAAUCUGGAAAAAAUGGUUAAACAUUAUAGUACGAUGUUCGACUUAUGCUUACCGAUGUUAGGAACCGGUGAAGGAAGAAAGUUGUUCCUAGAAGGAGAUCUCAAGUUUAAGGACAGCCUCGGGAAGAUGGAUGUUCACUGUUUUCUACUCACGGACUUUCUGCUGGUAUGCAAGAAAAACAAACACGAAAAUUUAAAGGUCGUCCGACAACCAUACAUGACCGACCGAAUCACGGUGCAAAUCAAGGAUCAAACCCUUUACUGCUGUUACCUGAACGAGCUGUCCCUGGUGGUAGCGGCCUUCACACUGAAUUGCUCCAAAGCACAAAACUGGUACGAUUCGAUAACCAAAGCGAAACAUAUCUAUUCCCGACUGAAGCUUAGUACUGGGCCCGAUUCACGACAGUACGGCAAUAUGAUAAACAUAUAUAAUAGCAGCAGCAACAGCAAUAUGAAUAUAAACAACGAAAGCCUAGGCAUCCGAAAAUCACCGCUCAAUAGUUCGAUCGGAAGCAGAGUUAGUAGUUUGAACAACAGCCACAGUGGGUCCGUCGAUUUGAACGAAUCCAAACCAGUAUCAAUUGAUUUUGAGAAAACGAACUCACUUUCUAGUGAUGAGGGUGGCGUUCCUGUUGCGGGUUCAACAGCAUCAGGGAAACAUGCUACUGGAGCACAAUGGAAAGUGAAAUCUACAGUCACAACAAUGCACACUUCAUCGAAUUCUCUCACUGUACAGCCUUUCAAUGCACUGGGGCAGAGUAUGCCAAAUCUUAAUUUGAAUUCCAUUCAGAACGCUAACACUUUAUCAGUUCCGGGAACAUCCGGAAAUCAUUCUCACUCUGGUAUGACGUUGUUAUCGCCUAGUCAACGAGGAAUAUCCUACCCACCGCCAUCACCCACUAGAGCCACACUUCGCCGAGGGUUUGCCUUUUCGUCCUCGAUAAAGAACCCACCGCUGAUCAAAUCACGCAAUGUUCCUUCACAGCAGAGCUUCGUUCUUCCGCAACAAACAAGCUUCAAUUCGGCCACGCUGGGGCAACAUCAGCAAUGUUUAACGACAUCAGUCUCGCCAAAUAAUUCACCGAAUAUUGCAUUCGUCAAGCGUAAGAACAGCUUCCACAGUCAAAGCGUCGGCCAAGGUGGGCCGGACCCAAGUACAACCUCAGGCGACGCUACCUAGUAUAAACUAAUGCCCUCGGGUCGAAGGUAGUGUCUAUUCUACCUGCCAACCUACCGUAGAAAAUAGCAUUUAUAUUUCCCCACCACGGCUGAACUGAGGUGGGCCAAUCUGGCUCCUGUAGGACCAAUUUGUAUUAUAGAUGGUAUUGUGUUCUUUGUGAACGAGCAACAGAUGUUUGUUGUAAAUAUUAAGAUUUUAACUAUCGGAAAAGUUUAGUCGUAGUAUUAGCAUUAGCAUAUUUUCGACAACAGUGUAUUGCAGAAUAUCUGGCUGAUGCCGUUGUAGCUUAAGAGCAUUUUAUUUUUUCGAAAAUGUUAAACAUUGAAAAACAAAACGAUGCUGUGACAAACACUAGAGUAAAAGGAAUGGAAAACAUAAAAAACAGAUCCAUUGGUAAACGUAUGCUGUUUGUUUCCCUAACCUUUGAUGUAUAGUAUAAAGAAAUAAAUAAUUUAAACUACCCAGAAGGAAAGCUUUGCUUACACCAUUGGCGCUGGUACUUGUUUUAAACGCUACAAAUGUAGUUAGUUGGAAAAAGCUUGUAAAUUUCAAUGAUCACAGAUGGUUGGAAUUAGAUAAUGCGCAAAGAGCAAAAGGUGUUUGGAAAUUUUGAUGAAAAUUUGGUUGGAUUAAUUAUAUUAAGCGAUGCUUUAUCACAAUUCGCAAGAAAGUGACAGUGCGUUGUUGCAUUUUGCUUGCUGGAAAAUUGCACCUUACAAAUUAUGUUUUCUACAGACUAUAUUUCUGGACGACUUUUUUUCUCUUCAGUCAACUUUUUCAACAAUUCUUAGCGACAGUUAAAAAAAGACUUUAUCAACAGAAGUGAUGUCUCUGUCAAAGUUUGAGAACAGUGCGGCACAACAACCCGCAAGACAUCAACUGAUUGUCUUAACUCAAUAUCAUUUGGGACUAUAUUACAAUCAUUCCUUCGUGAGUCUGCUCUAGUGAUUGACGAACGCUUACGAACUGUUCACUUGAACCGGUUUGAAGUGACGAACGAAUUAAAAAAAGUUCAUCAAAAUAGAACCGCGGCUCAAAAGAAGAGCCAUCAUCAACACGCAUCAUUGAAAUGUUAAUCAAGCUUAGAAUCGUCCAAGUAUCAUUCGAGCUGCCUCUCAGAUUUGACAUCCAUAAUCGGGGGCACUAUCUGCAUCCCACAUUAAAAAGGUUCUCAGGUUAUUUAGGUUCUCAGCAGCUUCUAUUCUCGUCUCUCUGAGAACAUUUUGUACCAUCGAUAAACGUUACUUUUGUACAAAGUAGCUUCGUCGUAUGCAACAGUUAACAUUCUGAAUGCAUCCGGGCACUUUAAGUUGUUCUUCACACAAAAUUUAAUACUAACUAUUUGAUACAUUUGUUGGACUAUAUGAAAACUGAAGACAAGCUAAAACACGUCCAUGCACAAUAGCUGUCACAAACCGACCGGACAUUCAAAAUAGCCGAAAUUGUCAACAUGAGUACCAACAUAACAUAACCAAAUGAUCAAAAAUCGAACAUACGUAGAGCGCGAAAAUUCAAAAUUCGUGACACUUUUUGAACAAACCGCGUAGGACUAUUGUACUAAUACUCAACUCAUCAGUCAGCAUGUUAUUGUACCGAUGACUCGACUUUCAAUCAAUGCAUUGUGAUCGAAUACAAUAUCUUUGCUUCGGCUUUAAAAAGCCGGAAACGAAAGUUCGAAAACUCGAAGCCUAGCUAAUGGUUUCCGUAUAUGGGAUGACUAAUGAAGCUGAGAUGAAGGGGAUACCGUUACCCUGUAUGAUUUUGGAAAUGAAUUACUAUCUGAUACCGACAAUUUAGAAAAAUUAUGACCCCGGAACAAAGGAUUCAAUAGUCGUUGAGUUUUCAUAUUAAGUGCAUUGAAAUUUCGUUGUAUUAAGUAUGAAUAAAAUUUUAGCUUCGUGUUUUCUACAGAACUUUUAAUUCAACCUUCUUUGGUAUAGGAAAUUUACGAAACAAAUUUCUUGAACUUUUACUCUUAAGCUCUGACUAAUUCAAGAACUUAUGGGAGCACAUAACAUAUCCUACAUCAUUUUUGUAAAAUUUUAACAAUAGGUGAAAAUUGAUUUCAAGAUCACUCACAGCUGAGUAUCAAAAUCAAAGAUCUUUGAUUCGCAAAAAACUACCUAACUUGAAUACCAAGGGCAUGCUCAGGAGUGUUCUAGCUCUAGAUGCAUAAUUAAUGUCAGUUUUAAAAUUUAAAUCCGGAAAUUAUAACAAAAGAAACUGGUAGCCCCAGCAGCGUUUUACUCGUGUUUCAAAUAUAGAGAAAAAAUGAACGGUGACGUAUACCAGUUUUAAAUUUGACAGUAGAACUGUUUGCAUAAAUAAAACUUGAAUGGCUGGCUGGGGAUACGUUUGUUUCAGUUUUAGUUCUAGAUAACCCAUAUGAAACUUCCAGCUGCUGAAUUUGCUCCAAAUCACCACGAAACGUUUAUCAGAACCUGGGCCUUUUGAGAAUGCUGCAGCGCGAGUAUAACGAAUUGAACGAGCGGAAAAUUUUAUUCAAAAUGAGAAUAAUUUUAAAUACAAGACAGUUAAAUGACUAGAGAAUUAAUUAGUGAUCUAAUACCUAUUAACGAAAAUAAUAAUAUUGAAGCUGGAGUAAUUCAAUAUUUUGAGCUCAAGUCAUUAAAUAUCUGGACAUUAAAUAUCUGGACACAAUUUAUUUUACUGUAGCGCAGAGAUGCCUCUUAAAAAUUUCAAAUGUCUGAAAAAGCAAAGUGAUCAUCUUUUUAUUGGAAUUACAAAGUAUUUCGGUCCGUUACUUUGGGGUUGAAAAUGCAUUUAUUUCAAAAGAAAACAAAGAAAACUAAUCAAAGUAUUAUACAUCGCAAGUAACUACAUUUUUCCACCUCGAAGGUAAUUUUCGAAUUCCAUCUCGAAACAAUGUUUCGUCUUUAGAGAUGAUCUAAGUUUGAAGCCAAUUUUCGAUUUCUGAGAAAGAAGUACACACUUUUUUUUCGCUGAAUCUCGGUAAAAUAAUUGCCAAGAUUUGCACAGCCGAGUACUCGGUAAUCAUCUCGACAAAAUAUAAAAUUGCAAAGUCUCGACAACCUUAAGACAACCUGACAAACGUCAGUUGUUACCGAAAUUGUCAGUAAAAAGUUUACUCUACAUUCGGUAAAACAUCCACAAACAUUUGAUGCGCUUCAGUUGCACUUUUCUUCCAAUUAAAACAGAAAGCUAAAACUUCCUGCAAAUGCUGCUUAGUUAAAACAAAAUUGCUUAUAAUUACCACAUAGAAAAACAAUGAAUUGAAUAUUAAUGACAAAUGCCCAGCUUCUUGAAACUAGCGACAUCAGCUCUUACUGUUCAAUACUCAUAACAGCCAGAACCAUCUUUUGAAAGCGAACCGAACUAAUUUGCUCUCCCAAUAGAUUUAAUGAGCAAAAAAUAACAGUCUGUAACUAUUUUUAUUCAUUUAUUUAACUAGGCUCAACUUACUGGAUCUCGUUGUAACCCGUUUUCGUGGGGGAGAAGUGUUCCCGUUGCUAUCUAGCUAGCUUUGAGGAGCAGAUGGUCCGUUCGCAUCUCCGACCAUUUCGUCAUCGUCGUUGUUGUUAUUUUUGUUAUCACUGCUGAUAUUGGUAUUAGUGCUGAGGUUGAUUUUAGUGGUGGUUUUUGCUGGUUUGCCUUGUUCCACUAUAGUUGCAAUUGUUGUUUUGGAUAGUAAAGGUUGUUGUUCAACAGGCGUAUUGCUACUUUCGUUUGUUGAUUCAGGAGUACUGGCUUCACUAGUUACUGAAAUUGAACGGUUGUCCUUGUUUUUGUUUGAAGAUGUCCUUUUCGCAGUUUCAGUGCAAAGUUUACCAAAGUGUGCAGGUUGUUCACAAAACUGACAUGUAACCAGCUGAUUUUCAUACGUAAUCAGCGUUUUACAAGGAUGUAUCCCGCCUUGAUCACAAAUGAUGUAACAUGGGAUUGCUUUACGUAGUUGCAUACGCAUACUGCAUACUUUGCAACGCUUGAAAUCAAUACAAAUUGAAUUUGGCCUUGUCGGCCAAGUUUCAGGCUUUGUUAAUUCGUAUUUGCCCAUUUCGUAAACUCUAUUGUUCACUACACUGCACUGUAUUGUUUUUGUUUCUGUCGUCUUGACCGUAAGCAAUUUUCGACUGUGUCGGUUGAGAUGCGAGCACGGUCUGUAACUUUCGUUGACAGUCUUUAAAAACCUUAGAAAUCUAUAAAAAUCUGUAGACGAGCAUAUAUUUACUGCACUUAUUUGUGCAUUUAUUCAUUUUGUUUCAAAAAAGUUGAACUUGAUGCGGCGUGGUUAGGUUGAAAAAUCGCGAUACCUUUGAAAUUGGCUAAAACAACUGCGAACAGCAUUCUCAAACAUAUUCAUGAUUAGAGUUACCACCACGAAUGCAUUUAAAGAGAAUUGCUUAAUUCAUAACAAAAUAAUUAGUUGCCAUACAAAAACAUAACGAUUAGUUGCGCAUCAAAUGAAAAAAAAAUACAAACCAAGAUAUCGCGAAGUCAAAAAAUAUGCUUCAAUAUAUCAACAACAAAAUUUGCUAGAGUUAACUGGAAAUUAUUUAUUCUUACAAUGUAUUUUCUUCCUAAAUGAGAUUUCUCAUUCACACUUUAUACGGAAUGUAUGGAUCUAAUUCCCGGAUACUCAACAAUGCGUGGGGCAUGCAUGUUGUUUCGUCUAAGUGAGUUGAUAAAGCAAAGACUUGGUAUUACAUUCCUGUAGUGGCAUUUGACCUUCUGCCGAUUCAGAGUGUACAGAACCAUUGCAUGGCUGGUGCUACGAUCCUACUAACACGACGACUAGUGAGUUGAUUCUUUGGUUAAAACCAAUGUUUCAGUCGUUGAGUAAUCUACUUAUUAGCGAAGACUUAUGGAUCUCGAAUUAUGAGAUCCGAUUACCAAUUGGAGCGGAAGCUAAUCGACUAUGCGUUCUACUUAUUUAAACAAUGAUCGAAUAUUUCAAUUCAGUGGAAUAUUAAUCAAACCUUGUCCUAGAGUUAAUGGAACUAUAAAAACGAAAAUAUAUCGAUGACCAGUUAGGGUUUGUGGAUGCUCGCUUGCAAUUUAAGAACACACGGGAACUAGCCAAAGCCUUUUUAAAAGGAUUCGUCUACGAGAAGAACUUGUUGGUCCGCUAAGCAACCAAACAGGACACUGAAACCGAAUCAAGUGACCAAAAGUCGUGUCUGGAAGUUGUACAAUGUGGUUAUUACGAAAUACGAGAGAUGCGUCUUCAUGGUCGACGAUACGUUCACUCUUAAAGUUUUUUGUUGAUUUUGUUUUAUUAUUGUAUAAAAUAAUAUCAAUAAGGUUGAGAAAAAGUGAGCUAUCAUUUUAAUUCAUUUUUUUUUGUCUCACAGGAUUUCACUAAAAGAUUCGGUAAACGAAUUUGCUAAUUUCGGUAUAUUUGUUAUUUACUGAAAAAUUCAGCAAAUUAUUAAUGCAAACUUCAGCAAAAAAGAUGCGUGAAGAUGAAAGUUGGGCAGCAUCCCGUGCCUGGUUGUAAUAGUAAAUAAGACUAUAGAAAAAAAAUUUAUUAACCCAAAUUGGAAUAAUUUUUUUUACUAUUUUUCCUUAAAUUAUCAAUAGACGACUUUCAGUUUGAAUACUCAACAUUGAUGUUUUGGUCUCGCAAUAAAUCAGUUUGGUGCGUUCAGAUAUUAAAAGACUCAAAUUUUAGUAAAUAACCGAAAGAGGUAAGGCCACCAAAUUUUCCUAAAACCCUCUAGAAUGGGGGAAAAUGUCUUGUGGUCUAAACGAAUCUCGAACUGGUUGCUUACGACAAUUUGCGAAGGCGCCUCGUGCCGCGUCUAAUGCAUCUUCAGACUUUAAACUUUAAACAAUCUUCAAAAUCGGGAGAACUCAUAGCAGCUACAAAUCCUUAUCGAUUGUUUCCAAGUUUUGAAAAGACUUUUAUAAACACGUAUAUUAAUUUUGAAAAAUAAGGCGCAACAGAGCAUUCCACAAAACCUCUUUUGAGAAUCACGUUGCGCGGUAAACACGAUAACUCCACCUCUCCACCCAUUUAAUCAGAAAAACUCACCGUUAGGUUUUCUUGUUUGGAUAGCGGUCUUGCACCGUUUUUUUUUUCAACCUUAUCGGUAAUUGUCUUUAUUAUAAAAAUGGUAUUAGUCAUGGUUUUUCUUUCCAUACUACAUGAAAAAUGCGAGCUGAUGGUUAAACAUUAGGAAAAUGAAAAAAAAACACAUGGGAUACCAUUAUUAAUCUGGAACGAUAGGUGGAUCGGAAUAUUUUCUGUCGAUAAAUCAGCAGAAGAUUGACUUUCCAAGACAUCGGAUUCGUGUAUUAUCUGUUAUGUAAGAUUAUUGUAAAUCUAUUUUAUAUAUAUUUUCACAUUUCAAACUGAAGCUCGAUUUGUUGAAGAGUGGUAUAAAAAAAUUGACUCCAAGUCCACAACCAUCUUUUGCUAUCAGCGCUUCCAAGCCAUCUAAAAAUACGCUUAUUACUUGUUAGAUGGGUUCAUAAUUGUAUCUAUUUUCAAUUGUCAGUAAGCCAUCAAAAACAACAUCAUUAGAUCCUACAUUUUACUUGUCACGCUAAUAUCUCAACACUAUCCAUUGAUAUAUUUACAUACAUUACAAUUCCAAUCUUUGACUGUUCUUUCAACCUCUCUAGGUGUAUUGCAAGAUGAAAUGUACUUGACGAAAGCAAUAAUUACCCAAUAGAAAUUUUAGCGUGAUUCUGAAGCGGAUCAAUUUUAAACAGAAUAUAGACUCGACGAAAAUAGUUCGAGUUUUAGUUGUUUUUGUAAACGGAGAACAAUGACUCCACAGGAGGUAUUAUCAUGGGAUUCAAAGGCACAGAAACACAAUAUUGAUAAGAAAUGAUUUGGAGAAUAAGUGAUAAUGAGAAUAGCCUAAUCAAUUGCAAAAAAACACGAAAGAAACAUAACGGCUCUAAUGAUUAGCAUUUAUAGUCAAAAAAAUACAGAAUAUAAUCAAAAUGACUAUAACAUCUUAUAACUUAGCUGUUGUAAUGGAAAACCUUUGAUGAAAGGUUAACAAAUUUGAUUGAUACUAUUUGCUCCGAAUGAAAUAUUGAAAUUAAAAACAAUCUAUCGUUCAGAGUUUUGUAAAACUUUGUAUAACUCACAAAAACUAAAUCAAUUUAGUUAGUUAUCGAGCGAUUGUCAGACGAAAAAUUGAUCAACUAAUCCACUAUAGCCAAAGAGGGGAUUGCAGUAAAAACAAAGUUGUUGAAUUGAUUUCAAUAUCCUCAAUAUCUUGAGCACAUGGUACAUAUUAAUAUAUAAAUAACUGUUGGAUCAGAUGGUAAGAAAACGUUAAAAUGUAAAUUAAAGAAUUGGAAAUAGCAUUCAUGUACAUCUCAUAUUCAUCGAGCUUAAUUUAUCGUUCCAUCAGUGAAGGUUAUACUAUUACCAUUUUUUUAUAAUUGAUUAUUUAACUGGUGAUUCAAAUUAUCAAAUAGAUUCCUCGAUAUAGAAAACUAGAAGUAGGAAAUAUCAGAGACAGAAUCACGAGACACUCUUUCCUUCACGCUGACAACCUAAAGGAAAUCGAUAGAUUCGUUUAAUAACAAUUGUGUUACUGGUGAAACAUAAACGUUGUUGAUAUCUACAGUUCAGUAAAAUGAGAUUGAUCAACAGUUUUAAAUUUAAAAUGUGAAAAAAAAUAUUGGCACUAAUACUGUGCAGGUAAAUUAUACGGAAGCUGUCCUCAAAUGGUAAACAAUUAUAAAGAAUAUUAUACAAUUUACAUGCAUCCGUAGCAACUAGCAAGUCGAAUAAAUGCGAAGAUUUUUCUCCCUUGAAUGUUGAAUUUUUAGGCGUCCUUCUGUUACGUCCAGCCUGUGUUGUGUCGGAACCAGCAUGCCGCUCCGAUAAAGACACUCUUCUCAAUGUUAUGUCAAAUAAUGCCAGAUUCAAUUGACCUUCGUGUUUUGUGUUCACUACUUAAACUAUGUUUACGUAAAAACUACGUAAACUGACAAAAAAAUAUAUUCUUUUUGUUUUGUUAAAGGAAAAAUAAUUGACAAAAAAAAUGAAACAGGGUAAAAAGUUAUAAAGCAAGUUGAAUGAUUUCUCGUUAACAGAAUCCAUCAAAAUAAAAUAAAAUUGCAAAUUGUGAAUAAAAUAUUAACGGGCGGUCAAAUCGGUAUUCCAAAGCAAAGCCUUGAUAUUACAUUCCUGUAGUGGAAUUUGACCUUCUGUUUCAACAGAUUUCGCAGCCGAUUCAGAGUGUACAGAACCAUUGCAUGGCUGGUGCUACGAUUCUACUGACACUACAAAUCCUUCCAGGUCGGGGAUCGAACAUACGACAACUGGUUUGUAAGACCAGUGACUUAUGCAUUGAACCGUUAACCCGGAACGUCGGUAUUCCGCUGUGUGUAAAAACGAUAAAUGUAAUGAAAAUCAAUAAUAAGCUCUCAGAAGCAUUUGACUGGGACACAGCAUUUCAUUAGACGCGUAUUAGGAGUUGUAUGCAAGAUUUCCUAAGCGUACGAAUCACAGAUAACAUAAUUCUAAGCACCUACAGUUUACAAUGCGUAUAAGAGAUAUAACCAAUAGGAGGGACAAGUUUGUAUGAAAAAAAAAAAGAAAAGUAUAUUUUAUCGCUCCACCAAAUUUUGUCUGUCUCUUUUGGAGGCCAUAGGAACUUUACAAAAUAUUAGCUCGAUCGGUGAAGCUAUAUUUUUACUCCCGCGGUUUAAAGUUACUACAUCGAAUGACAAGUUCCGGGCAUAACAAAGAAAAAGUCGAUUUUUUCCCGUGAAAACUUUUUCAUUCUUCAGUGUAAUCUCCAUCUACAGUGAUACACUUGAACCAUUGGUCCUCCAACAUUUGGAUGCCCUUUUGAAAAAAAAGAUGUCUGCAAUGACCUAGCAUUCGACGAAAAUCUCUUUCCCUGGAGAAACUCUUUUCAGGUUUGGAAAUAGAUAAUAGUCGCUGGGGGCCAUUUCUGGAGAGUAUGGGGGAUGAUGGAAUAAUCCGUACCGCAAAGCAUUCAAUUUCGUCGUUGCUUUUACGCAUGAAGACGCUGGUGCGUCUUUUCCCAUAGCUUGAUGAAAACUAGAAGCUGUUAUUCAAACACUAGUGGAUAGAUUGUCAUGAAAUUUGGCAUUGGGCAUCUAGAGGCUUGUUCUCAAUUCAUCUCUUUUCUGUGAGAGGCCCGGGACUUUUCAUUCCAUGUAGUAGUAAGUAAUUUAACUUUCUACAAAAAAAAAUCUCUGGAGAUCGCUCUGUAGAUUUAGCGUAUCGCAUUCACUCUGAGAAGUUUGCUCUGAUUAAAUGGAAUUAUCGUGAUGUAUCGUUAGCGCAUCGCGUUUCAUCUGACACAUUUGCGUUGAACGAAUUUGACAAGCAUGUUGUCGCUUUACGCGACGUUUGCACUCUGGCAGCAAAUUUAGGGUACAGCCAAAGUGAGCGCAAUACGCAGAGCGAUGUAUUGCUACCGCUUCGCGUUUACCGUGAUCGAAUAUAACUAGCUAGCAUGCGCGUAUUGAUGCUUCGCGUGACACUUACUCUCUGGCAGUAAACUUAGAUUACUGCAAGUAAUGUUGUUUUCACUAGAGAAAACUGAAACUGACCCAGGGUAGUUUCAUGAAACAAACAUUUUUUCACGAAACUGUGUUGGUUUCGCACUUAGCAACACGGGUUUGAGAAACCCUGAUUUAAACACUAGAUUCGAAACUAGCUUCAAACAGACGGUUUGAGAGCAGUUAGGGUGAAAAUUGGAUUAGGUUUGGCAUCAAGCGAAAACGACAUAAGUGAGCAUUGAGAAGUGUCGAAUUCACUCUGACAGGUUUGCUUUGAUCAAAUAUAACUAAACCGCACGCUCGUCUUGACGCUUGGCGUGACGCCUGCACUCUGACAGCAGCCUAACAAGCUAAUAUACACAAGCUUCGCCAUCCGCGCUCACCAUGACCAUGAAAAACAAUAGAAUUGCACUUCUGCUCGAAAAUACAAAACUAGAACAAUCCACUCUACCAGUGCUUUUCAAAGAAAUACGCCUUAAAAUUGCUUCCACUUAAAAAAUCAUCGACCAUCGAACUAACAUUUCCUCCCGUCCUUAGUCACAAAAAUGUUUUUUGUUAUGGUCGCGUACACUCUUACGACAACCAGAACAACUUCUUGCUUGAAAGUCUAGUUGGAAAUAAGUGCAACUCAUGGCCAUUGCUGGCAACAACUCAGUUUUUGAUCAGAUAAUGAAAUACGCUGAUUGAGAAUAAUUUCUUUCGGGCGUACAUUUUAGCCAUGCGUUGCAUAUUUACACGAUGCACUAAAAAUAGUUUAUCUAUUGAAUGCUGAUAUGAUAUAAAGUGUCCAUCAAAUGGCUGACGUUAGUGCAAACUGAAUUGUUUUAAGCAUGCAUAUGAAUGUAUUGUAUUCUUUAAGGAUUUGUUGGCAAAAUGGUUUAAAAAUGUAUAAAACGUUUGUAGAUUGAUCAAUAUAACUCAAAAUGAAAUUUUUACCUAUCACUCUUACCAUUUGAAUCUACGAAUAUUGAUGCUAUUGAAAUCUUUCCAAAACAACUACUUAUCGAUGCAAUCGUGCCAGUAAACCAAAUUGUAGUUUCAUAAUAGAAAUUUAGUGUACAUACAUCUUCUACGCUUCUAGUAAUACAAAGAUACAAAUCGUAAAGAAUUAAUCGAAAUAAUAACAUAUUUGCAAACAAAUAAUGGACCUAACUUGCACUACAGCGAAAACAGUACCAAAAAUGGGAAAAUAUCAUACGAUCGAAACGCUUUGAGAUAUAUUUACAAAAACAAAACUGAGAAAGAAUAAAAAACAUCAGUAGGUGAAACUUUUGCAACAUUUUUACUCUAAAAUUAUGGAUCCAGGUUUGGAAUUACUUGCAGUGAAAGAUCAAAUAGAUAGUGGGAUCUAAUAAAAUAUUUACGGAAUUGGAAACGCUUCGUCUCAUGGAUCAGGUUUAUGUACAACAUUUUCUCAACCAAGUUUAUCGAUUCCAAAAGUCCUGUAUCAGAAAAACCCGGUUAGUUCGAGAAGACUCCCUAACAAAAUGCUAGGAUUUAGCUAAAUAACGAGAAAUAACGCUAGGUCAUCCCAAAUUAACUAUUAAUUAUUGUUAGUUUUCUAUUAUGUGUGCUUAGUACAACGAUUGUCACAGUUCAUCAGGUUUGCUAAUCAGUAUUCUUAUCUAUAGUCUGUAUCAGAUGCAAGAUAACACAGUAUCAGUUGGAUGUGCAUAAUCUGUUGUGUGGUAUGGUAUUAACUCCAGAAGGCUUUUCACUGCUACAAAUAAAUAAACACGUGGAUCAGUAAUCCCGGUACUAGCUAAGAAAAUCACAUUUUUUGGCAAAACUAAACUUUAUUCAUCAACAUACUCUCCUUCAAGAUCAAUACAAUCAGUGCAGCACCUUUCUAACUUUUCAAUACCUUUAUUAUAGAACGAUUUAUCUUUUGCUUUGAAAUAACCGUUUGUUUCAGCGAUACUACUUCCUCGAACUAAAAUUAUAAACAAGUAGUAGUCACUGGGGGCCAUGUCCGGUGAAUAUGAUGGAUGCCGCAGUAAUUCGAGGCCCAAUGCAUGCUGUUUCACUAUGGUUGAAUUUUUUCUUCUUCAUUUGGAGUUGUUUCUCACCGAUCUCGUUCUUCAAACGAUCAGUGUAACGUUCGCCAUUGAUGUUCUUACCUUUUUUAAAGUAGUCGUUGAACGAAAUUCCACGAGCAUUCCAAAAUACUGAGGCCAUAACCUCCCCGGCCCACAUUUGGAUAUUUGUUGGAGAAUUCUCAUCGACGCAAGAAAUCUGGUUUAUUUCGGCGAAACAGCUCCAAAAAAUGCUAAGAAUCAACGACACGUUGUAGUUUUUGGUCCACCGUGAGCGAAUGCGACACCCACUUUGACAACAGUUCCUCAUAGGCAAAUUUGUCGAUCUAUUAAGUUUUUUUAACUAUUUUCGAACUAUUAAAAAAAUUCCAACUGCGUCAGGUCCUAGUUCAACUGACUAUGAAGGUAACACUACUUUGAUCGGUAAGUUCCCGGAAUUUAUUCCGAAAAUUAAAACACAAGAUUAUUCAUCAGAAUCGAUAUUGUCUCCUUCAAAGUAUACUCCAUCGACUGCAACACAUUUGUGCCAGCGCUUGAUCGAAGCUUUGAAACAUUAUGUUGCAUUGAAACGGAGCGGUUUCUUGAGUCAACUGAAUAGAAAAAAGUCGAAGGGAGUCAAAUCAAACGAAUUCGGUGGUUGCGUUAUACGUCUUUUUGGCGAAUUGCUUCACGAAAAAGUCUCAUAACGCCCAAAUAAUACUCCUUGUUGACGAUUUGGCCUUGUGGAAGGAAUUCAUUGUACACAACACCCUUGUAGUCAAUGAAAACUGUGAGCAUCGCUUUCUUUUUCGACUGAAAACGACGUGGACUUCUGAAACGUAUCGUUGCGCAAGACAUUCUUCUAACAUUUGUAAUGUCGUCGCAGCAUUGAAACCGUUUUUAAUGCAAAAUUUAAUGCAAACUCGUUGUUGCGAAUUCAAUUCCAUUUUGAAAAUUUUACACGCACAAUCGCAAAUAUACUCAAUACAGAGUAACUUUUACAAACGUCAAGGUACCAAGCUGAAAAUUUGAUAGAAUAUCAAUGAUAGAUGUGACUACCUAAAAAAUCUAAUUGGGUAACUGAGAGCGCCACACGGUGUUGAUUCAGGGAACUUUUUGAUCAAGAUAGUAUGUCUGAGUAUUAAUGCUAAUCAAUGGUGUUUGAAGAUAGACCCACGACCUUGAAACCUGCUAUUCCAAGUCACGGCAGAAAUAGCAAGACCUGGACUGAAGAAUACGCAUAUUUUAUCUAAAUAUGUAGAUUACAUUGUGGAGUGUCAUGUAAAAAACCUCGUUAUUACUUUGGAAACAGACCUUUUUGGACGAAGUCCGGAAAGCCAAGUCUCAUAUUACUUAUUCGCAUUAGUUCAUCGAGACUUGAUUUUCUCGGAGAUAAAUGAACUGACUUUUCCUUACUUAACAAUUAAGUCAAAUGAUAGGUUUUGUGCCACCAGCUGUUACUGUUUUGUUUUAUCCAAAUCCGACUUAUAAUUCCCCUAAACAUAUGUGUUGAAACUGUCAUGUAAGUGAAGAAGAAAACAGGCAAAACUAAUUUUUAAAUUCUAAUUUAUCAGUCUUGUUAAUCAUACUUGGUUUCAUUCAAGAAUCAAAAAAUAAGGGGAUGGAUAUCGAAUCUAGCUAGGAUGCGUGAAUGGUGAUGUCCUUAUCCAUUAGGUUAAGCAUGUCCCUGUUUUCUUAUUAGUAAUUUUUUAGUAACUAUUCAGAAACGAAAUAAAUGAACUGAUAUCAUAUGAUUAUUUAAAACUUUAUUUUUUUUCUAACAUUAUUAAAAAUCAGUAACAUGAGUAAUGUUUCCUUAAAACAAAUAUUUGAGAAAACGAGUCUUUCGAUAGAGAUUUCCAUUCGCCUUCUCGAACAUUUACAAUCCGAUAAUUUUCCACUAACACUUGUUUUAUUAUUUUCACUAGCUCUUGUUCUAUUUUUAUUCCAGUAUUGUAAACAAUACAUCAAAUUUACUGCCGUUUGUUCUUUUUCUGAUAAGAAAAAAUUCUACUCACAUUGUAUGUAAAUGACAAACAGAAAAAAUUGUUUGAAUAUAUAUAUCCGUAACUCAGUAUUGUACUGCUAGGAGCUUAUUUUGAAAUUAGAACGUGUGACAAGACGACGGACAUGUUUAGUAAUUAUGAAAAUUGCGAAUUAUGACUAAAUUGAGGAAUAAUCAAACAAAGUGUAACAGCAGCCAGCGUUUAAAUCAUAUGAAAUAUGCAAUUUUAGUUAUAUGUUUAACUAAAGAAAACAACCAAACAAAUAUUUACAGAAAUAGAACAAACGUGACAGGUAUCUAAUUUAAACUUAUAGGGAAAUUAUUGUCAGAAGUGAAAUUAUUUGUAGAAGCUCAAAACGCCUUUAGUUUUGUAGAAUUGUAAGUUGUGAAAAACAAACGAAGUUGUCAUUUUAUCAGAAAAACAAGUUGGGAAUAAAAAUAAGUUCCUUCUUUCAAUUUA